ACUGACAGUUAGUUUUCCGCGUUUGGCGAACGCUUCAAGUUCUCGAAGGAAAAUUUCCAUUUUAAAUCACGGGCAGUGUCCUAACAAACUAAAAUAUUCACCCAAAUUGAUCUCCACCAAAUAUUAACCAUGCAAAACGUAAACAAUCCAUCAAUACAUAUACAAGCGGAAAACCAUCUGUCAAAAUCGGAGCCCAGGGGGGGGAUCGCCAAAAGCGCUAUAACUACACCUCAUUAUACAUUCCACCUUGAACUUGACCUGAUAUCUUUACGGUCCUUGAGCUAGUUCCCAAAUACAUCCCCGGACCAUCCCCACGAUCGCGCUGACAGUUCCCCUGUUCGGCGAGAGAUGUAAACAAAAGAACCAGUUUUUUUUGAAAAUUACCAAAAUAAGAGCUAUUUCUGGUUGUGUGCUUGGUGGUUAAAUUUGAUACCCACUCGGAAGGAGAUCAAGAAACCGCAGGAAGCCCACAAAGUGCCAUCGGCGGUGUUGCAUUGUGUGCAGCGGUGUGAGCGUCCGUUUAGGAGUCACUCGCCCGGAGGCAUCAGUCGGCCGGGAAGCUGAGGGAAGCCAUUCUGGUUAGAACGCAAAAAGUAAGCCGAGGAGAAAGGGAGAUAACCGAGCGGACUCGCUCAUUUGCCCGUUGAGUCACAGCAGGUCCCGGCCCAGGGUCGGCUUGCCCAGUAAGUGAUGGAUAUUCAGCGAGCGAUGAAUUCGAUGCACACCCGCCUGAAGCUGAUAGCAUUCGUGCACUUCAUCCUGAUCGUUCUGGCCCUCGGCAGUGCCUGGCUACCGUCCGCCUAUCUGUUCUACAACCUGCUCUACCUGGUGGCACUGUUCUGGGCGAUACAUUGCCGCGAAUCGAUCGAUGCGGUUCAAAUCUGUGCCGUCAUCAAUGGGUUUAGCUUUUUCUUCGAUCUGAUGGGCAUCAUCUCAUACUUCCCGUCGCACGGUAUCUUUUCCGCGGUGUUUGCCAUCUUGAAUCUCGUGCUGCGACCGUUCAGCCUACUGCUGCUGCAGCGCGAACUGUCCGACCGCGGCGGGAGCUUCGAGUUCGGGCAGGGCGGCACGGGCGGUGUCGGCGAACGUCCGACCAGCUACGAGGAUAUCGAUGCACCGCACCAGCAAACGCCGUCGCACGGCCAGGUGAACGUGGGUAUAUUUAAGUGAAUCGCCUCGUUAUGAGCGCCCUUUCUCUUCCCCCCCCCCCCCCCAACGUAAUCGUGGCGAUCGUUGCGAUACCAUCCGCGCUAAACACAUGAAUCUCGUGGUGCAAUGUUAUCAUUGCCGCCUCUUGCUACUCCGUCGAAACGGUACGAAUAAUCAUUUUCAUCACCCACCCAAGCACCUGCUAGCGGAAGCGGAAUCUUUAGAAAUGGUAGCAUGCAGGUACGCGCCAUUUAGAGAAGCGAGGCUUUUGCCUUUUACUUUCUUGUUCGUGUUGCCUUUUUUACCAAAUGCGCACGAAGCCAUAAUCAUGUGAAGUAACGUAACAUCAUCCAGCUUGCAACAUAGUGAGUAGAACAUGGCUAUUAACAGGUUUUUGUUGAUUUUUUAAUGUAUGAUUUACUAUUUUCCCGUUAAAAUUUUAAUAAAAAAAUGUAAUACUGAUCGGAUUGAUCUAAAAAAACAUAACAAAAA